UGACGUCGUGUAGUCUGGUGUACUACACUGGCUUUCCCAGCCAGGGCAGUGAUUCACGUAACGCGGCCACAGCACGAUUACUUCAACGCGAUUACCUCAACAGAAUGAGCACAGACUAGCUGGGUCGAUAUUGUAUUGGAGGAAGUGCACGACCUCUGUGUGUAGUGAAGGGCCCGUGAGUGAAAACAAUCAUUUCUUGAAAGAGUCGAUGGCUUAUAAAUUGUGAAUCGUUAUAUCUGCAAGGUUUUGCCGCACCAGAAAAAAUCUGUGUUGACUACACUUAAAGAAAUAUCGGCCCGGUACUGUUGAUUUGAUACCAAAGAAAAUGGCACUUCAGGUGUACGAUGUCGCGUGCUUUCUGUUGUUUGCAGUAGAACUGUACCACAUGCUUGCUCACGUGCUCAUCAUGUGCGGCAUCCGGACACUCCCACGGAAAGACCUUGUCCGAGUCCGUCUAUAUUUUAUGCUGGACACGCUCACUGUAUUUAUAACAUCUUUCUUGUUGACCAACAGACUGAAAUGGCUGGCCACGCUACAGAUUAUACAGCAUCUGUUUUAUUUUAUUACAUGGGAUAAAUCUUACAUGGCAAAAAGGAUCAUAGAUUGGAGCUCCCUGGACUGGUUCAAAAACCAACCCAGACGGCCACAGAUCGACUCAUUCCUUGGCACGCUGUUCGACGUUCUGGUUCACGCGGCGAUGAUGUACGUGAUUGGCGAACAGAUGAGCAUGAUCAGUCUGCUGUUGGCCAUGGUCACUGGCCCCACUGUCCUCUACGCUGUUCUCUUCAACUCCAAGUUCGCCUGGACCAGCCCCAACAAGGUACCGCGGUGGAUUGAGAAACGUGUCGGAAAGCUGGCGUUAGAUGAAGAAUGAAAUUUCCAGCGGAUUCAAUGUUGUUUGAAACAGAACGUUUACGUUGUUCCUGCUUAAUUAAGUUAUGCAUUUGUUUCUUAACUAUUUAUACAUAUUUUACUAAAUUUGCGAUAGGCAACUACAUUUUUUUCAACUUUUUUUUCUGAAUACUUACGUUAAAAAACUGAGAGAAAACAUUGCAGAAAACAGGAUACGUUAAAAGUAUCGAGUCCAAAUUAAACCUGUUUUUGUGUGUGUGCUGCUGAUGUGUUAAUUAAGCUGCUAAAAAUUUGAUUUGCCAUGUAUUGUCCCCGGCCCUAUACCGACUCCUAAUUAUUUCCCGACCCAGAAGGACAAGUAUUGACUCUGAUCUGACUUACAAAGUGAUUUGGUAAACAAAGCUAAUGGUUCAGUCUAAACUAGUAGGGGAGUGUGUAUCAUUAAUCUAGGGUGUGUAUCGUUAAUCUAGGGUGUGUAUCAUUAAUCUAGGGUAUAUAUCAUUAAUCUAGGGUGUGUAUCAUUAACCUAGGUGGCGAGUGAUAUUUUGGGGGAGUGAAGGGGUGGUGGUCAAUUAAUGUGAUAUAAUAUAUAUUUGGUGAUUUUUUUUCUAUUACAAUAAAAUUCAUGUUUUGGAGGGGAGAAGAGGUGUUUGAAUUUUGUGAUGAUAGGGGGGCAGGGGGCAUAGAAGGAUGAAAUGUGUUUUCAUUAAUUGGGGGUCUGAAACCUUAUUAGUGAGACGCGAACGUCCACACACGUUGGUUGUUUGAUUUAAUGUGAUUUUAUUUAUCUAGACUUUCUUGCUUGCAUAGAUUUCCUGCUUUAAAAAUUGCCUAAAUCAAAUGUAUAAAUAUGGUAUCAUGUUUUGAACACUUUCAAAAUGAUCAUGAAAUGAAUUAUGUGAUCCAAGUACUCUUGUUUGUGUACAAUUAUCCCGGUGAAUUUGUUGUCAUUGAUAAACGCAAGUCCGUUAAUUGUGUUUAUAUUAAUGCAGUUGUACUAUAAUUAUUUUUUACAAGCACUGAGUUGUUUUUUUAACUGAUAACGUUCGUUAUCAUGUAACGAAUAUAGACAUUUUGUUUUGUUGUUGCAAUUUUUUUAUGGAAUAAACUUUAGGCCGACAUAAAA